GCUGCGGGCUGGUUUCCGCUUCCGGAUGGUAGCUCCCGGUGGCGCGUUCUGGUAGCUCAGUGGUUGCCAUGGAGAUUUUGGGCGAGUACGUUGGGCUGGAAGGGCAGCCGCACCAGCUGCGGGUGUCCUGUGAGGCGCCCGACGACGCUGACCCUCUCCAGGGCCUAUUGUCGGGCGUGGCCCGGAUGAGGGAGCUGGUGGCCGAGCUCUUGGACCCCCAGGUGCAGCGGGAAGCGCAGGACCGAGCGGCGGCGGCUCCAGAAGAGGCCUUGGACGGUGAUAAUGAAGAUGAUGCAGAAGAUGAAAAUAACAUUGAUAACAGAGCUAACUCAGAUGGACCAUCUGCAAAACGGCCAAAAACAUCAUUUUAACAAUAGCUGUAUGAAAUGUAAAAGACUGCUGCCGUGCUUGCUCUGCAGCCCACAUACUAAAAUUGGAACAAUACAGAGAAGAUUAGCAAGACCCCUGCACAAGGAUUACACGCAAAUUUGUGAAGCAUUAAAAAAAAAAAAAAAGACUACAGCCAUAUCAACAUCUGCUCUAAUUGAGAAAAGCAUUUGUUUUGUUCCUCUGGCACAGUUUUGUCAAAGAAAAAAACUUCUGUUUCCAGCAAAGAAAGAUAUAAUAAAUGUUUAGAAAUGAAUCUGUUUUCUUGAGUGAAGAAUUUCAGGCCAUGGAAAUAAUAGAGAACACUUCAUAAUGUGUAAAAUCCUUUAAGUUGGCAAUUCAUAUUGUUUUCUACUUUUUAAAAAAAGAUUUUUAAAAUUGAUUUUUAGAGAAAUGUUGAUGUGAGAGUGAAACAUCGAUAGGUUGCCUCCUGCAUGCCCCCUUACCAGGGAUGGAGUCUGAAAGCCAGGCAUGUGCCUUGACCGGGAAUCAAACUGACAACCUUUCCAUGCACAGGAUGACACCCAAUCAACCACUGGCCAGAGCUUUUUCAUUUGUUUUCUAUUUCUAAAAAUAAUUAUUGAAUUAAUUUGUGUGAUAUCUGCAUCUUUUAACUUCUUUUAUUAUAAAAAGUACAUGUCACCCACUGGUGUGCCUCAGUGGUUGAGCAUCGACCAUGAACCAAGAGGUCACUGGUUCAAUUCCCAGUCAGGGCACAUGCCUGGGUUAUGGGCUCAAUCCCCAGUAGGGGCCAUGCAGGAGGCAGCCAAUCAAUGUUUCUCAUUGAUGUUUCUAACUCUCUUUCUCCCUUCCUCUCUAAAAUCAUAUAUUUUUUUUUAAGUACAUGUCAUGGUUUGUGGACAAAAAUAUUUCAAAGAACUGUCGUGAGCAAGUGAUGAGAUUGGGAAUUGACUAUAAGAAUGGAAAUCUGGUCCUGGCCAGGUGGUUCAGUUGGUUGGAGUGUCGUCCCAUACACCCAAAGGCUGAGGGUUCGAUUCCCAGUCAGGGCACAUACCUUGGUUGCAGGUUGGCGUCCUGGUCAAGGCACAUACAGGAGGCAACCAAUCAAUGUUUCUCUCUCUCUCUAAAAACAAUAAAAAAAAUAUUCUCGGGUGAGGAUUAAAAAAAGAAGAAGAAUGGCAAUAUGUAUCAGAAUUGUACACUUGAAACCUAUAUAAUUUUAUUAACCAAUGUCACCCCAACAAACUUAAUUUAAAAACAACAAUAGCAGUCUGCUUGACUAAAAAGAAAACAGGAAUAGAAGUACUGAAUGAAGAUAAAGAAGACCCCUUGAGAAAAACCCAAGGAAACCUUGAAUCCACACUCACACCCAAUAUACAGACAUCCAGAGAUGACACAAUUAAGUGACUAUAUAGGCUGUGGCAAAAGUAGGUUUACAGUUGUGAAUGCACGAAACAGUUUAUUCUUACACUAGAGGCCCAGUGCAUGACAUUUGUGCAUGCGAAGGGGGUGUCUCUCAGCCUGGCCUGUGCCCUCUCACAGUCCUGGAACCAAGGGUUCCUUAGUGCUUAGAGGUGAGAGAGGCUCCCACCAUCCCUGAUGCGCUCACCUGCUGUGAACCCAGCUUCUGGCUGAGCAGCACGCUUCCUGUGGGAGUGCACUGACCGCCAGGGAGCAGCUCCUGCGUUGAACAUCUGCCCCCUGGUGAUCAGUGCACGUCAUAGCAACCAGUCAUUCCACCGUUUGGUCGGUUUGCCUAUUAGCCUUUUAUUAUAUAGCAUUAUUAUUCAUUAUUGUAUUUCCCAUACGAACAACUGUAAACCUAUUUUUGUUCCAACUGGUAUAUUUAAUUUGUAACUUAAGAGAGCCAAAUGGGAUGUUCUUUUAUGCUGUGAACACAAAUAUAAUCUUUAAGUAAACAUUCUGUGUUGACUUUGAUAUUUCCUCAUCCUGUAACCAUACUGAUUUUGCUUAACGAAGGACUAUUUUUUAAUUAUCCUCCCUCUUUAAAAAAAAUUGUUUUUAUUGAUUUCAGAGAGAGGAAGGGAGAGGGAGAGAGAUAGAAAUAUCCAUGAAGAGAGAGAAUCAUCAAUCAACUGCCUCCUGGAUGUCACCUACUGGGGAUCCAGCCCACAACCCGGGCAUGUGCCCUGACUAGAAUUGAACUGUGACCUCGUACAUAGGUCAACACGCAACCACUGAGCCAUACUGGCUGGGCUCAUUUUGUUUCCUUCUUUGUUUAAUAUAUUUUAAAAGCUAGAGGCCUAUUGCAUGACAUUUGUGCACUGGAGGUGCAGGGGGUCCCUCAGCUCUGCCUGUGCCCUCUUGCAGUCCAGGACCCCUUGAGGGAUGUCCGACUGCCGGCUUAUGCCCACUCCCUGUUCCCUAAGCUGGCAGGCAGACAUCCCUCAAGGGGUCCUUAGUGUUGCCUUAGAGGUGGGAGAGGCUCCCGCCACCGCUGCUGCGCUCACCAGCCAAUUAGGCUGGUUCCUGACUCAGCGGAGCUACCCUUGUGCGAGCUCACUGACUACCAGGGGCAGCUCCUGCGUUGAACGUCUGCCCCCUGGUGGUCAGUGUGCAUCAUAGUGACCAGUCGUUCUGCCAUUUGGUCGAUUUGCAUGUUAGGGUUUUAUUACAUAGGAUAUGUUUAUAAAUAAAAAAUUUCAAGAUACCUGUGCUGUGAUUCAGUGUUUUAUAGUCUAGGCCCAUGGUCAGCAAACUGCGGCUCUUUGGCCCCUUGAGUGUGGCUCUUCCACAAAAUACCACAUGGGCAUGCACGUAUAGUGAGAUUGAAACUUCUUGGCCCAAGCUCAGAAGUUGGUUUUCGGCCUGGGCGAGUCUAUUUUGAAGAAGUACCAUUGAUAUUUGGCUCUGUUGACUAAUGAGUUUGCAGACCACUGGUCUAGGCUAUAGAUUUGAUUAAUCUUUUCCUUUAACUUUAAUACUGAUUUUAAUUCUUAUGUAUCUUCUUCACACGUGAGCCAUAUGUGUAACAAAAAAGGUCAUGUUGGCUGUAACCAGUUUGGCUCAGUGGAUAGAGCAUUGGCCUGCGUACUGAAGGGUCCCAGGUUCCAUUCCGAUCAAGGGCAUGUACCUUGGUUGAGGGCACAUCCCCAGUGGGGGGUGUGCAGGAGGCAGCUGGUCGAUGUUUCUCUCCAUUGAUGUUUCUAACUAUCCCUCUCCCUUCCUCUCUGUAAAAAAUCAAUAAAAUAUAUUUUUUUAAAAAAAGAUCAUGCUGAAGGACCAGUAUAGAAGAAAUGCCUAGCUUCUGUGGCACUGAGCGCCCCGUACUUCCCCCGUCAUCAUAUGAAAUGUACUGUAGCAGCAUUAUUUCUUCAGCUACUCAGAAUUUUUUUUAAGUUUUAUUAAGAAGGACUAGACUUUUAAAGGAAAUAAAGUUUAUGUUUUUUUCCAAGUGAGAAAAUCAGUUGGAGAUAUCUAUGGCCCUCAAGUUCAUUAUGUAGUAUUUUUAUCUAGUUCCUAUUUAGCCUAUAACAGAUAUCUCUCAGUGAAAUUGUUCAGUCUGUACAAAUAUAGAAUAUUAUUUCUUAUAUGGCUAGAAGAGUCAUACCUUUGACAUCCUGAAAACCUAUGCAUUUUAACUUAAUUGUCAGCCACCAUGUGGUAAUAAAAUGUUUAUAAGAAAUUAUAAGAAAUUUCUGUUUGAACUGAUUGUAGUUGAGCACUGCAAAGCUCAAAACUGUAUUACCAUAAAUGCAGCUAGUGAUAGUUUCAAAUAAAAUUAACAUAUUAAAUAA